UUGCAAGACACAAAAGGCUAUUUUUGAGCAGGUGACGUCUUGGUUUUUGAAUGCUACCUGCUGAGUCUGACGUCAACCGGUAGUUUUCUGACUAUCCCGAAAGACAAGUUGUGUAACCCUCAUUCGGUAGAAGACUCGACAAGGUUUGGUGCCAGUGUGUGAUGCCGGACUUGUUGUGCACAUGGACAGUACUUGUCGUCGUUUUAUUCUUUUGUGAACAGUUGUCAGCAAUUGAAAGUCGAGGGUACGUGAGCCUGGGCUGUUGGAAGGACAACAGUGACCGCGCCAUUCCCAUACUCGAGGGCACCGACCCGCGACUGGACGGCUAUUACCGUGAACGCAACAAUGCCACUGAGAAGUGUUUCCAGGUAGCACUCUCCCGCAAUUUCCCCGUGUUUUCUGUUCAACAUGGCGGGCAGUGUUUCGGGUCUGCCGAUGGGCUGAACACUUACAACAAGUAUGGACCAUCCUCGGAUUGCGGGGGAGACGGCGAAGGUGGGGUUUGGGCAAACGAAGUCUACCAGAUUAUAGGAGGAUAUAGAAGCCUGGGUUGCUGGGAGGACAAUGCUGACCGGGCCAUCGCGACACUAGAGGGGACAGAUCCACGUCUUGAUGGCGACUAUGAGGAACGAAGCGACGCUAUUGAGAAGUGUUACCAGGUAGCACUUUCUCGUGGCUUCACACUGUUUGCUGUGCAGAAUGGCGGCUGGUGUGCCGGAUCGGAGAGUGGACGUCAAAGUUAUAAUAAGUACGGAUAUUCCACGGCCUGUGGAGGAGAUGGCGAAGGCGGGCCUUGGGCAAAUGAUGUCUACGAGAUACUGGGAGCGUGCCUGAACAGAAGCACAGACGACCAGUACGGGUACAGAUGGAACCUGACUGCCAUCAGAGACUCGUCGCUAUUUACUUUUGAAGUCCGAGCGAACAACGACGUACACGUGGCUCUGUCGUCACAGAAUUACGACCUCGAUGACAUGUACGAAAUCGUCAUUGGUGGAUGGAACAACACAAGCUCUGUCAUCCGCCGCAGCAAAGGUGGAACCGACCAGACUGGAAGUCCAACGCCAGGCAUUCUAUCGUCAGCGGAGUCUAGAGGUUUUUGGAUAUCCUGGACCAUGGACGGCACCAUUAGUGUUGGAAAGCAAGGGGAGUCGCAACAUUUCAUGCAGUGGACGGACCCUGAGCCGCUCCAAGUGGUCUACGCAGGGUACACUACCGGGUGGGGAAGCACUGGGGAGUGGAGGUUCUGUCCGGUGCUUAUAGAAGAAAGAAGAGAAACCAAUCAACCAUCGUCAGAAGGACUGGCUUGGUACCAUAUAGUAGGCAUUGUCUUUGGGUGCUUUGUGUUUCUGACCAUAGUUGGAAAUCGGAACAGAAACGCUGGGAGGCCCCCAUCUGCCAGAGCGCCUCCCGCCCCAGCGACCCCACAGAACCAACGGAACACAAACGUUCCCUCUACCUCAGUCAGUCUACCAGACUUACGCUCAGUCAGUGACACGGAUAGCCAAAUAUCCAUUGGUGAUUUAUUUGGGGUAGACAAUGCAGGCGCAGAGUACGAUGACCCACCGUCUUACCCGGAAGUUGCAACGUCAGUGGUCCAAGUAGAGCCUGCCUCCUCAGAGGACCCUCCUUCUUAUGCACAUGUUUCUUCGGACGACCCACCUCCACCUUCAUAUGAAGAUGCCUUGAACAUGACAUAAGGGUUAAACUAUAUUCUGUCGCUAUCACUGUUGCCAAAACUCACUGGUCCAUCUCACGCAAUCUAACGUAUCAUCAGGAAAAGACACUUUGAUCCAAUUCAGUGGUUUGCUGCUAAAAAUCUUCUACUGGUUGUUGAGAAAUUAAGAUGAAUGAUGAGGGCAAGAAUCAAAGGACUUCUUUUUCGAAUCAUGCUGCCACAAAAUUAGCUAGCUCAUGGUUUGAACUUCACAUUCGCAGUAUUGUAACUGUUAAUGAUACAUUUUUGUAUUAAGCAUCUUAAUGUAUAUUUCUAUGCAUGCAUUUGACCAUGCAUAUAUAUGUUCUGAAUUUUCUUCACUAACGAGUACAUUGUAUUAAAUGUGACACGUGUAUUAAAUGUGACACGUGUAUUAAUUGUGACAAAUGGGCAACUACUGUAUCUAGUUGUCACUUCGUAAUCUAUUUUCAAUUGGGUAAAACAUUCUGGUCCUGUUAAAGGAAGUUUACACCUAAUCUUCGAAGAGCUGGGAAGUGUAUAUACAUGUACUAACUGUAGUUUUCAUUGCUCUAGAGGUCAAUUUAUAAAAACUAACAGAUUUAACAAAAAUGACACUUUGUUGUGAAUUUGAUAAAAACUUAGUUUAUUCAAGAACACAUUAGUUUAUUAAGUAACACAUUAAUCUGAAAAAAAAAAAACAAUAAGAGAAAACUUGAAUGUUGCUGUAAUGUACUAUCUUUUGUUGGGAUACCAAUAAUUCAAGACUGAUUAAAAAACUUUUAUAUCA